AAUACAACAUAACAUAUACACGAGAGAAAAAAAGAAACAUCUAUAGCCGCCCCUCGCGAGCUUACAUAAAUUAUAUUAUAAACACGACGACGAUGGAGAACGCGACGAUGAAAACAAAACUGUCGCGGCGGCUAACGGAACGAGAGGAGUUGUAGAGUAGUAGUAGUAGUUGUUGGCGAGCUGCGAGCGCCGAUUGAUCUGCAGCUGCUGCUCUCUCUCUCUCUCUCUGAAAGCUCAGUUCGCGCGGUGCAACGAUUGCACAACGAGCCAAGGCUGCUGCUGCUGCUGCUGCUGUGCGGUGCCUGGCUCGGCUAUUGCAUCCCGCCUUACCGAUAUAUUUACACCGCUGCGCUGCUCUCUGCGUGUGGCAGCGGGAGAGAGCUUUUGUGUCGGAGCGUGCUUGGUGAUACAACAACAACAACAACAACAACAAACAAACAACUCGUGUGUCUGUGUGUGUCUGUGUGUGUCUGCGUGCGUGAGUCGUUGCGAAUUCGUUUCGUGUCCCGCACACAUCGUAAUAUAUAGAAGAAGUAGCUGGUACGCGAAUUGUGCAUGCGACGAAGGAAAGUGUGCUGAAGUGUAUUGCACGCAUGCAGCCAUCGAUUAUUGCCCUCGUGCAGCCAGUAACAGCAACAACAAUAACAACGAGAACGAGAGUAACCGACAGCUCCUCGGGGAAAUCUACUAAUUUACCUGGCUGGAAUUCGCGACUUUCUAUAGUGCUCUAGCUCGAGCUUUUUUUUUUUUUUUUUUUUUAUAUAAACUUCAUCCACGUCCAGACUCUCUACUCAGCGGUGUGCACGAGUUCGCGCGCCCAGUCAACGACGACGGCGCCGUAUUUAUUUCUGUCUCGCCAAAAUAAGCUAGUUGUUUAUUCUUCGCGCGACUCGACUCGACUCGACUCUGCAGCAGCUGCUCCAUCGACGAGAAUAAUAAUAAUAAACGCGUCCGCAUGUUCGAGUCAACUGUGGUGAAGAGGAUCCUGCACGAUCUGUUCCAAGAGACGAUGCUGCAGAAGUUGGGCCCUGCCGCGGCGCUCCUGACGCGAGGCCUGCUACUGCUGCUGCUCGAGACGGACGCCGACGACUACUACUCGGCUCGGAUCGAGCCGACGACGAGCAACUUGACGCGCUUCUUGAUGCUUGCGCAGAGCAGUGCGAUCGAGGCGUAAUACGCACAAUAUAAUCGAUAUAUAACGGAAUGGACUCGACGGCGAUACCGCACCUGGGCCAGGCGGGUACGAGCUCGCCCGUGCCGCAGCAGCUGGGCCAAGCCGCUCACGCCGCCUGCAAUCUCGCCACCAAUUUUCUCGCACCGGUCAAGACCGAGCGCCAGAUCUACGAGAACUCGAUGCUCGAGGACGAUCCCAAUGCCAAUUCCCAGUGUCCAGCCGUUAAAAACGAGGAGCAGCAGCAGCAGCCCAGAUGGGGCCCGAAUCACAGGGGCGCCCAAGAGCUCGCCGGCCUCUACAGCCGCGGCAAGAGGAUACAGGAGGUCAUCUGCCUCGGCGUCUGCUGCGCCCUCAUGUCCUGCGACUUGCUCUUCAUACUGCUGCGAGUCAAGCUCGACAAUCUCAGCACGAUACUGCUCGCGGCCUUCUGCGGCGUGGUCACGGCCGACUUCGUUUCCGGCCUGGCACACUGGACCGCCGACACUUGGGGCUCCGUCGAGCUGCCCAUCAUCGGCAAGAACUUCCUGAGGCCGUUCCGCGAGCACCACAUCGACCCGACGAGCAUAACGCGGCACGACUUCGUCGAGACGAACGGCGACACGUUCGCCGUCACCAUACCGGUGCUCUGCAAGCUCACCUGGGACUUCAUCAGCCUGCCCGAGGCCGACAUACAGCGACGAUUCUUCUGGAUCUGCUUCUGGUACGAGCUCGCCAUAUUCGUGGCCAUGACCAAUCAGAUCCACAAGUGGUCGCACACGUACUUCGGCCUGCCCUGGUACGUCGUCUGGCUGCAGGAGCACCGGGUCAUACUGCCGAGGCGGCAUCAUCGGGUGCACCACGUGGCGCCACACGAGACCUACUUCUGCAUCACCACGGGCUGGCUGAACUGGCCCCUGGAGAAGCUGCAGUUCUGGUAUCUGCUCGAGUGCUGCAUCGAGAGGCUGACGGGCUGCAGGCCCCGCGCCGACGACAUGAAGUGGGCCCAGAAGCGAUCUUGAGACGCGCAAAGCCAUUUUUCCCGAUACGUCUAUUUUUUUAUGUAUAAUAAACGACAGCUGCGAAGAGUCGCAAUCGAGCUUUACAUUGUAUUCGUGUAUUUUGUGCACCUAUUGUACAACUGGAUUACAUUUAGGCUAACGAUGAAUAAUUAUUAUAAACACGAUAUUCUUCGAAUCUCAGAGGCUUGAGUGCUUCGUUAAUAAUCCCGAGACUGCGGGAGAAAAAAGCUCACGAUCUAACGCAGAUGAUUCGAGUCUGUAUAUUUUGUACAAAUGCAAUUUUUCGACGAAAAUUUCGCCAACACGCGCGCGCGCACGAAUGCAAUUAGCUGUGGACAAGAGCGAAAGUAAGAGAGAAAAGUGAGUUCAUGAUGAAUGAUGCAAAUGGAUAGAUAAAUCUUGAUCGAAUCCAAGAUUAUCGAGUAUUUUUUUUUUUUUUUAAUUCAAAAGCACACGAUACAGCACACGGAACGUCAAUAAACGCACACAGCACCAAUUUUCCCUGAACCUUCUGUAUUCGAAGCAAUGGAAUUUUUGUGCUAAAUAUUCGAUUGCUUCGAUUAUAAAUGAUAGGCGCAACCUUUUAAUUUAUCGAUGUGUUACUUGUCGUAUAUCGAGGGGAAUCGUCCGUAUAUGACUAUUUUUUUCAUAUCCUAAUUCUGCGGAGAGAUAAUGCGAAUCGCUGGAUUAGUCGUUCAAGAGUCCAAAUGUCGAUCAAAGUAUUUUGUAUACGCUUAAAUUACUAAGAGUAUUGGGUUCAGGGACCAAACAGGCGAUGUGCGAAUAAACUUCAAAGUAGAAAAUAAAAAAUUAUCUAUAAAUAACGUCACCUUUUCGUAAUACUUUAUAUUUUCUAUCGCAAAUAUUACAUAUUGUAAAUUCAAAGAUUGCGAAUAUACUGCGAAACAUUCGCUUCCCCACCGAACAUUUUAUAUAAGAGUCAAAUGACUUUGUAUUAUAACCAAUUGGUAGUUAUUUAUUUCAUUUCACGAUAAGAGCUUCACCGUCUAUUCUAAAAAUGUAAGGAAAGUGAAUUGCGAGAUGGAUUUUUAAAGUGUUAAUAAUUCUAAGAUUUCGAGUCAAAGGAGAUGUUAACAUUUUUGUAAUUUUAUGUCGAAAAACUUGAUACAUCAGUUUCAUUAAUUAGGCACAGUUGAAUGAAGAUUAAAAAGUGUCAAUUGACAAAAUGUCAUCAAGUUUUUCAGAUGAAACAUUUCCAAGAGAUAUAAAAAAAUUGUCCAGAUGCAGAGCUUUUGCUUUGACAUAGAUGCUAAUUUUUUCUAAAAAUUAAACGAUCGAAGAUAUUCAAAGGAGCUAUAUGCACAUAAUUUUAUAGAAAAAUUCUUGAAAUAAAUUUUUAUAAAAAAAACUCGUGUAUUUAAUGGUAAUUAAGUUUGUC